AUGCCUGUUCCCGAGUCCGAGUAUUUGAGUCCGGUCUGGAAGGACGGUAUUUUUAACAACAGAGUCGCCUUCGUGACCGGCGGCGCUGGAACCAUUUGCAGUGCUCAAACUCGCGCUCUCGUCCGUCUCGGAGCAAAUGCUUGCAUCAUCGGCCGCAAUGUCGAAAAGACAGAGGCCAUGGCAAAGGACAUAGCCACUGCCAGACGUGGUGCAAAGGUCAUCGGUAUCGGCGGCUGUGACGUGAGAAAUCCCCAGAGCCUGCAAGACGCCGCAGAUCGAUGCGCCAAGGAGCUCGGCAGCAUCGACUUUGUCAUUGCGGGAGCCGCUGGCAACUUCAUCGCACCCUUGUCCGGCAUGAGCCCCAAUGCAUUCAAGGCGGUAAUCGAUAUUGAUGUCUUGGGCACUUUCAACACUAUCAAGGCUACCAUUCCGUACCUAGUAGAGUCGGCAAAGAAGAACCCCACGCCCAGCCGAAACGGUCUGACUGGAGGCCGCAUCAUUUUCGUCUCUGCGACAUUUCACUUGACAGGUAUGCCGCUGCAAGCACAUGUCUCAGCCGCUAAGGCGGCCGUCGAUGCUCUGAUGGCAUCAGUCACUUUGGAGUACGGCCCAUUCGGAGUCACGAGCAACGUGAUUGCCCCCGGGCCGAUAAAGGAUACGGAAGGCAUGCAACGGCUGUCCAGCAGCAAGCAGGACCAGGCCAAGGCCGACGCCGUGGUCCCGCAGGGCCGGUGGGGCGUAGUCCGGGACAUCGCCGAUUCCACCGUCUACCUGUUCAGCGACGCCGGCAGCUUCGUUAACGGCCAGGCGAUCCCUGUUGACGGUGGUGCCUGGAGACGCCAAGGUGCGCUAGCGGUUGGUACAGACGAAGACAUGAGAUAUCCGGAUUUCCUCCUAAAGGGAGAAAUUUCAAAGCACGUUAAGAGCGGCCGAAAGACGGAGUCGAAGCUGUAG